UAGUGUUGUUGUUGAAAAGUGUCAUGGUGGCGUUCACCACUAAGAAUGUGCAUUUUAUCAACAGAAGACCUUUUGAAUCCCUUUGAAUUGGCUGGUCUGGUUUGUUUGGGACUGUCGGACACCACACACCGCUCACAGCAUACAUUUUCAGCGGUCGUUUAAUAACUGUCGCGUGAAUGAUCAGCAACCGUGAGUUUUCCACAUUAUCAUGUGUGACCCGCAGCGCGAUGAGGAACUGCGGCCGGUCCCGAAAGAGAGAGCCGUGCUGGAGAGUUUCUUCACUCAGCUCGGAAUGUUCUGGUUCGACAGGGCGAAGGAUUAUGUGGAAAAGGAGAAGGACGCCAGUAAGAGCGCAGGGGUCAUUUGGGGGUCUCUGCUGGCCGCUCUCGCGCACCUGGCGGCCGCAGAGAAAGCCUACCAUAACAUGACUUUCCUCGGCCAGAAACUAGGUGGUCAGUCAUUUUUCAGCCGUAAAGACUCCAUCAGGACCAUCUACACGUCUCUGCACAACGAGCUGAAGAAGGUGGUAUCCAUGGGCCGCCACGCACCCGGAGGAUCCACUCCCAACCUGGAGGAGCUGCUGCCGCACCUGUCCGAGCAGCUGUGCCACUUCACGCAGGCCCGCAUGGAGAUCGCAGACUUCUACGAGAAGAUGCACACUCUGGGCAGCCAGAAGACGGUCAACUCAGAGGAGCUGGUGGGCGCGCUGGACAGCAUCCUGCAGAAAUACAGCUCCAGAUUCCACCAUCCAAUCCUGAGCCGCCUAGAGAGCAGCUUCCAGGUGGAGGUGGAUGUGUUGACGCAGCUGCUGCGAUGCCAAGCCCAGAUCUCUGAAUGGCAUUUUCUCCCAUCCCUGCUAAAUCUACACGGCGCCCAUUCCAAGCUUCAGGCUUGGGGUCAAGUGUUUGAACGACAGCGGGAAACCAGGAAACACCUCUUUGGAGGCCAAUCCCAGAAGGCCGUGCAGCCACCACACCUCUUCCUGUGGCUGCAGCGGCUUGAAGCGACGCUCCUAGCAAAGUUUAGCUUCUACUUCCAUGAGGCACUCAGCCGGCAAACUUUGCAGUCCGAAAUGAAAACUCUAACGGCUCGAACCUCCCUCGACUACUUCGGAAAGAUCUCUGCCUUCAUUCGCAAGUACGACGCUUCGAAUGUCUCCCUAGUCUUCGAUAACCGUGGCUCCGAGAGCUUCCAGGGCCACGGAUACCACCAUCCGCAAUCGUACCGUGAAGCUCCCAAAGGUGUAGACCAGUUUCCGGCUGUCGUGUCACUUCCUGGAGGAGAACGACCCGUUACGCAUUGGCCCAAUGUUAUCAUGAUCAUGAGCGAUCGCUCCACCGAGCUCAACACGCUGGAUAAGGUGGUCCACUUUUACGACGAUAAAGUCCAGAGCACGUAUUUCUUGGCUCGUCCCGAACCACACUUCACCAUCGUGGUGAUUUUCGACGGGAGGAAGUCCGAGAGAGAAUCUCACAUCGUGGCUUUCCUGCAGGAGCUGAUAGGAUCCUUGAGGAACUCCAAACCCUUUACUACACUCAAACCAGGAUCCAAAGGCUGAGCUUCUUCGCGUUAACAAUUUCCAACGAAAUAUAGUUUGUUUUAAAAUGACAUUGACCUUGAUAUUGGUUGACGUUGUUCUUUUAUUCACUGUGUUGUCGUUUUAUUUUGGAAUGACUACUGAAGUGGUCCAAAAGCUUUCAAAACACUUUCAGACCAAAGAUCACAGCUGUGAAUUUCUCUCUUUUUUUAAUUGCACACAAAUUGGUUCUUUCAGCUUGUGUUCGAUCUUAGCAGUUGGACUCAGCUUUGUUGAAUAUGAAAGGGACCCAUUGCAAAUAAUUAUAAUUUUCUUACUUAUUUUAAUAACCGAGUUCUUGGUUUUAAUAUUCUGGCUUUUACGUUGUGUAUAUGUUCACUUCUGAAAUAAAGCUUGCAGUUGAGUAA